CACAAAUUACAGCAAAAAGGAACAAAAAAACAAAAAAAAAACAGUAUAAAAAAACACCCAAAACAGGCCCCAGAUUAGGCCUGCACUGGUGGGCCCCAAUUCGGGCUUGUUUUUAGGCCUCUCUUUCCACUGGCCUCUCAGAUCUGUUGCUCUACUCCCCGCAUACAUAGCCACGCGGCAACCCCAGUCGCACCUGCACAGCAGCUGCCUAUAAUUCCCUCGACUGCUCAACUCCACACUAACCUCUUCCUUAUUAUAUAGCACAAGCGUAAAAUAGCAGAAAGGAUCAUCUUUUCAACAACACCGGUUCACGAAGCGCAAGCCACUUCGCUUUUCUGCAACCAGACUUUUGGCGCACUGCCCCUUCCAGGCCCAUUCAGCACCAUGGCCCUGGAGAUAAGUCCAUUGUUGGCUCCUCAGCUGGCAGACGAACAAACCAGUUUUGACGACACCCGCUCCAAGUUCACUCUUGAGCUGCGGAAUAUCAAGCACUUUCUCCACAAGCGGUUCUGGUGGCUUUGUGCUCUUGGCGUUGCGGCCAUCAUCACGCUCCAGCUCUCGUUCUUGCCACGCACUUCCCCCAGCAGGGACUUCCGCCGCUGGCAUGGCUUGCAUUUUACCCGCUCAGAUGUCAAGCGCAUUUUCUUGGUCCAGCUGGAUAUUGGUGUUCCGGAUGCGGACGGCAGAACCGUCGAGCAGAACUUGCUCGUGUGGCUCAAACAGCUCUCGGCAAUAAACAGUAGGAAUCCGCCGGUGGCGCGGGAGCCCGGGUUGCCGGCGGCGGCAAAAAUGACGGCCUUUGUUGAGUCGGCCAUGCGCUCGAUGCACUUCCUGACGACGACACAUACUUUCGCGGUCCUGGACAGGCGCCAUUUACCCGUAUCUCUGCUGCUCUGUCUUGUAGACGGGACGUCCUCCCGUGUGCUAUACACGGCCAUGCUCCAUGAGCCAGGCUCCGAAAUGCCUGCUUACUACUUGUUUGGCAAAAACGGCACUGUCCAGGCUAACUACGUAUUCUGCAACGCAGGCACGCCAGAGGACUUCCGGCUUCUUGAGGAACAAGCUGUUCUGCUCAAAAACAAAAUCGCCGUUUUCUCGCAUUCGCUUCUGUCGGAAUAUGCUUUGGAAGACAAAGUCGAACUUGCAGAGUCUGCCGGCUGUGUGGGCACUGUGGUCUUUGGAGAUAAAGAGCUCGGCGAGGCAAUCUCACGCAAUUUCAAGCCUGCCCUGGUUCCAGAACCAAAGCUUCGCCUCCCAAUGAGUUUUAAAGCCGCCGGCCCGAUCUUGCUGACUCUCGCUCCUCCGUCCGCUGAGUUUGCAAACUGGAACUUUGGCCCCACCACUCUCGAUGAAACACUCGAGCUUGUCCUUACAUCCGAGUUUUCCGGCUCCCGCACAAACGCAACCAAUGUUGUGGGUGCUAUAGAAGGAGUCCUCAACGACAGCGAAAUUAUCAUUGGUGCAUCGCGUGAUGUACUUACGUCCUCCAAUCCCUCCAGUGGACACGCGAUCAUGUUGGAGACCAUGCGCAAACUCAGCCACUUACAAACCAUGGGCUGGAAACCGCUAAGGACCAUCAGGUUUAUAUCUUGGGACGCCUCGCGUAACAGCGCCAUGGGAUCUUUGGAGAACGUGAAAGACGACGCUGUAUUUCCCAGAAAUCUCCCCAUUCUAGCUUAUAUCAACCUAGAUGGCGAUGUGGUUACAGGGAGUCACUUCGCCGUGGACUCCAGCCCGUUGUUCAAUCACAUCUUGCGAACCACGGCAGAUUUGAUUCCUUUUCCUAGAAACUCGCCUUACUAUAGGCGUCUUAUCAAGGAUGCUGGAGCGACUGCAGGCACUGAAAAACAUCAUGCGGCCGAUGAUGCCGAAAAACAUGACAACGACGAUUCGGAGGUUUCAUUCCUUCGUUAUUGGGGGAAGCAAGACCAUAGCUCCAUCAACAACAAGUUGGGCUACGUUUUUGCAGGCAAAGACUCCGGGACUUUUCAGCUUCGAGUAGACACGCCCGUGGUAAGUCUAAAAUUCGAGCCCAGUCCCAAAUUCAACGACACCACCUACGUCCCAGAGUCAGAGUCUUACUCGAUGAAAUGGGUCACGGAAGAACUCGACCCGAAUCUCGACCUACAUGCGCUGAUGGUGAGAUUCUUGGGUCUCUUUGUUCUCUCGUUGAGUGAGCAUGAAGUUGUGGAUAGCCGUGUCCGGCAAUACUUUCUGAAAGUCCAAGAGUUUUUUCAAGAAAUGAAAACCACCAACAAGCACAUGGUGGAUACAUGGUCUAACGAGACGGUUUCAUCUGAGUCUUUGAAAAAAAGCUCCAUUUACUAUGAUGCACAAGAGGCAAAAAACGAUUGGGAUGGACCUGUAACAUUCAAGGAAAUCUUGAGCCAACUAGAGGAACUCAUCAAAUUAGCAGUAGAUCAAGGUCGCGUUUUUGACAAGUACAACCAAGGAGUUGAAGACUUGUGGACGACAGACUACCCGUGGUACAAGAUGAUUCGGAAACUCCACGUGUACGCUAAGUUCAAAGUCACAAAUUACAAGUUGCUUCGGUUGGAGAAAGAGUUAGGCCAGAUGGUGAUUGGGCUUGAUGCAAAAGAUGGAGACGUGGACGGCGACAUGGCAGUCCACCACUUCAUGUAUGAUAUUCCGCAGGGAACACAGAGCAUUGCAAUCAAGAAAAAAAGAGGUGCGUUUGCAGUGUUUUAUGAAGCUUUUGACGCCGAGUCAAAGGAGCAAGUGGUGAAUGUGGCGGCUGCAAAAUAUGAACGACUCAAAGCUGUUUACAAAAAAAUUACUUAGGGGCGCACUUCGGGCAUGGGUAUGGAAUCAUGGAAAAACUGGGAAAGCUGGAUUAAAAGGAAAGACACCAAAAUGUAUGGGUGCACGCUGAUGAGCUUUAUAGAAGUAUUUUCCGGGCGACACAAAACGCUCGGACCACUUUGAGGAGGUGGUGUGUUCUCCAUGACUAGCAAAAGGGGAAAAAUAAUUCGUUGGAAGAAUACUGUCACAUAGAGCGUAUAUGAUGAGAGAAUCCGAU